UGGCCCCAUUCCAUCUUUCUCUUUCUCUCUCCGUGUUUAUCUCUUUGUUCUUUUCUGUAACGGUCAUGCUCUGUAUAACUCCUCUAGAGUUUUAUAAUUAUAUAAUUACGUGUAAGUGUUGUUUUUGCUGGAAAGCUGUUUGAUGAUUUGUUUAAGAGACGGUGAGUUCUUCGUUUACUUGUUUGAGUCUGGUGCUUCUCUUGCCAUCAGUUGCAUUGCGAAAGCCGGUUUUGGUCUUGGGAGAGUGGACAUGGAGGAAAGGUACGAGGCAUUGAAGGAGCUUGGUUCUGGGAAUUUUGGAGUGGCCAGGCUGGUCAGAGAUAAGAAGACUAAAGAGCUCGUUGCUGUCAAAUACAUUGAAAGAGGGAAAAAGAUUGAUGAGAAUGUUCAACGGGAGAUCAUCAACCACCGAUCUUUAAGGCAUCCAAACAUUAUCGAGUUCAAAGAGGUCUUGCUGACCCCAACUCAUUUGGCUAUUGUCAUGGAGUACGCUGCAGGUGGUGAACUCUUUGAGAAGAUAUGCAGUGCUGGUAGAUUCAGUGAAGAUGAGGCAAGAUUUUUCUUCCAGCAGCUAAUUUCUGGAGUUAGUUACUGUCAUUCAAUGGAGAUUUGUCAUAGAGACCUGAAACUGGAGAACACUCUCUUGGAUGGAAGUCCAAAUCCUCGAGUUAAAAUAUGUGACUUUGGUUACUCCAAGUCUGCUUUGCUUCAUUCUCAACCGAAAUCAACCGUUGGAACUCCUGCUUACAUCGCUCCGGAGGUUCUGUCCCGAAAGGAGUAUGAUGGAAAGAUUGCAGACGUUUGGUCCUGUGGUGUGACUUUGUAUGUCAUGUUAGUUGGAGCUUACCCGUUUGAAGAACCUGAAGAUCCUAGGAAUUUCCGAAAAACGAUUGGGAGAAUAUUGAAUGUUCAGUACAGCAUACCCGACUAUGUACGUGUCUCUGCAGACUGCAAACACCUUCUUUCUCGCAUCUUUGUUGCCAAUCCUGCAAAGAGGAUCAGCAUCCCAGAGAUAAAACAGCACCCAUGGUUUCUGAAGAACUUGCCAAAGGAGAUGGCGAAAGCAAAGGAGGAAGCAGAGAAAGAAGAAGGAAGGCAGAGUGUGGAAGAGAUAAUGAGAAUCGUACAAGAGGCAAGAACAACAGUGGGGCAAGGUUCCAAGGGUGGAGAUCAAGUUGGUGGAGGGUCAUUGGACAGUGGGGAUGUUGAGGCAGAUGAGGAGGAAUCUGAAGUUGAUCUUAGUGGUAACUGUGCUGAGAACAACUACGUUGCUCAUCUAUCCUAGGCUCUGCAUUCUCUUUGCAAAAAAGGCAAUAAAUAAAUAAAUAAAAAUAAGAAGAGACAAAAGUACCUAGCUUUUGAAUUGGAGGUUGUAUUUAUAGGAGUCCUGAUCGCUGUGUAAUUUUUAGUAAAGCGCAAGGACUUUUAGUAAAAGCACAGGGGUAGUAGAAUGGCUUUGUAACUUAUU